CCGGAGUUAAAGACUUUUCUCAACUUGCUCCUUUCCUCUCUCUUUCCUUCAAUCACCAUAUAUAUACACACCCAAAAAGUUCACAAACAUUUGUUACAAAUUCUUGAAGAAUAUAAGAUACAUAAUCUACAAAUGGAUCAGCAAAAGUCAUCAGCAAAAUCAAAGAAAACAAUCUUGAGGUAUCUACCAGGACCAACAUCAUCGGUUUCGUUUCAAAACCCUUCGAUAUAUAGUCCGUCGAGAGACAAAAGAUCGACGGACAAACCCCACAAAUCCAACCUUGGAAUCGGGUUCUCCGGCCCCAUGGUAUCCAUGGUUCUAGCGGACACCCGUCGAAAAGUCAAAAUCAACCACGAUCAUAUCCCCGUGUAUGAGCCCACCUCUCCAAGGGUCUCAUGCAUGGGAACGGUUAAGUGCAAGAACAAAAAGAACAAACCUCAAAAGCCGGUCAAUAGACCGCCAACCAAUAAAGUUUUGAGGCUUACGUCAGCUACACCAGAAAGUCCAACUAACAAUGAUCACAAAAAAGAAAGCAAGAAAAAAUUAGGGUUUAAGAAAAUAUUUGGUGGGAUUACUCCCUCAAGAUCGGAUUCCGGGAAGAAAAAUUCAGAGGCUCCAAGUUUGGGUGCGAUGAAGCGGUUUUCGAGUGGUCGGGAUAAGUUAUCGAAUAUUGAUUGGACGAAGGAGGUUGCGGCGAGGAGAUAUGAUUCAGAUGAAGAAAGUGAUGAUGAACGUGUUGUGGUCCCUUCUUCUGCUCCUGUGAUCAUAAGGAAUUCAUUAGGGUUUGAUGAUAAUAUUGUUAGGAUUGCAGGGUUGAAUCAUGUGGAGCCAAGAAAUGAAAUUAAUUUGUGGAAGAGGAGAACCAUGCAGCAACCUAAGCCUCUUCAGUUACAAAAAGUUUAAUUUUGGUUUCUUAUGGGAAAUGGAUAUUUUGUUUUUGUGAGAAAGGUUUUGUUCAUUAUUCUUUCAUUUUUUUUGUUUUAAAUCAUUGUCAUAGAUGUAAAUAUUCAAUAUUACUACUUCUUGAAUGUAUUUUCUUUCAAAAAGAUUGUAAUUUAAAAUUAUAUAAAUGUUGAUAGGGCUU